AUGAUGAAGAUGUAUUUGUUUCAAGUUGUUGUUUUGAUUUUAUUGUCUAAUUCUAUAAAUGCUGAUGAGAAUAAACAUAAACAAGCUGAGCUUCGUGCUCGUUUAUCUCAAGCUAAAUCUAUUCAAGAAGUUUUGGUUAUUCUUAAAAGUUCAGACAGCAGAGGUAGUCUAUCACUCAUUUCUCCUGAUUCGUUGAAAAAAGAACAAGAAACAAUUAGAGCAACUGCUCAAAUGCUAAAGACAGACAUGCAUUCGAGCAUUGAACCUCGCAAUGGUGGAUGUGAACCUCGUGUUUUAUGCGAAGAAGUGCCUGUUGAUCGUACAAUAGGUAAUAAUGUAAUAUCGUAUCCGCAAUGUCUUGAAAUACAUCGGUGUGGCGGUUGUUGCCAAGACGCUCAAUUUUCUUGUAUACCGAUUCAACAAGAUCCAGUGACAUUCAGUCCAUUAUUACUGAUUUCUUUGGAUGAUACAAAUCAAUAUGAAGUUAAUCGUCCAUUAACAUUAAUGAAUCAUACAAAAUGUGAAUGUAAAUGCAGCAAGAAAGAGGAUGAAUGUCAACAAGAAGGCAAAAUACUUGAUUCAAUCUUAUGUCAAUGUAUUCAACCACGUUGUUCACCAGAAUGUCUUAUAUCCUCAACAUGUUCAAUUGUGCCUGGUAGUAGUACACCACGAUGUACAUGUCGUCGUCGUAUACAAGGACAGCCGAGCAAUUUUUGUUCAAAUCCUAACCAACGACCAAAUCAUAUGUGCACACGAUGUGAAACAUUUUAUGGCUGA